CACGCACAACUUCUUCUCUUUUGGUUCUUUCCGUUUCAAAUUAAACUCUUUUUUCUCUUUCCAAUUCGGAAAUCUUUUUAUGAACUAAAAAAGAAAUGGCAAGUGGGUGUUGUUGGAGUGGUGCAAUAAUUUCAUGCCCAACAUCAGGUCCCAGGAAUAAUCUUGUAGAUUUUGCAUCAACAGGGAGCAGAAGAAGAAGAGUUGAAUUGGGAAGUUAUGCAAAAACAACGAAGCCCCGUUUUGUUGUGAGAGCUGCAAUGGUGGAUUCUUAUGAGGGUUCUUCCAAUUUCAUUCAGCGCAUGGAACGUGCCUGGUUAAUCUCUCAGCAACCAAGACCUGUGGCUUGCUCUUCUUGCAAUUCGAAUGGGCAUGUAGACUGCAAGUGGUGCAAUGGUACUGGUUUCUUCAUUAUUGGUGACAACAUGUUGUGUCAAGUACCAUCACGGAAUACUAGCUGCGUUAUCUGUGCAGGAAAGGGUUCCAUGCGCUGCUCUGAUUGUAAAGGAACAGGCUAUCGUGCGAAGUGGUUGGGGGAGCCUCCCAUUGCCAAGUAGUAUGGCAUGAUUUUUGGCUGGUAAACAAUGCAACAAUGCUAAGCAGCUGUAGAAAUGGCUGCUACCAUUACAAGAAUUCAGUAUACUGGUUGGAAGAUGGGUUUUAACAGGAAUCUCAUUUAACUUUUGAUUCUUUCAUAGAAUACAUGGCAGUUGACAGAAGGGCCUUAAAUAAUUUGAUUAUUGACUUCACAGUUUUAACAACAUAUAUGUUUAUAGGAAUGAGUCCUAUGUAUCUCAUAUGAUGGUAAUUACAGUGUUUUCUCUCC